AUGGGGACACCGGCACUGGGGACACCGGCACUGGGGACACCGGCACACGGGGACUGGCGACACUGGCUGCGAAGUCACACUCCGUCCUUCUGCGACGAGUCCCUGUUCGGUGCCAAACCCCCGGGUCCCGCCUGGGCACCUCCUUGGAUGAGGAAGGAAGACAUAGCCAAGCUCCAUCCGCUGCUCUGGAGCCCCCCGCCUGCCCCCCGAAACCAGCCCGGCCUUUCCCCCCGCUGCAGGGAGACCCCCGUGAGAGCCCUCUCCUCGCCAGCCCCUGCGUCUCCGGCAGCAGCAGCCUUUGAGGUGGGUCGUAAGGGCAAGUCCUGCCUCUGGAAGCGUCCCGAAAGUGGUUCUUGCUCCGAAGGCCGGGAUGCUCCCAGCAGAGGACGUUCCCAGUCUCUCAGCCGGCUGAGCACCCCCUCAGACGGGCUGUGCCUGGCUUCAGACAACCCCAAGACUGAAAGGCGUAAAAACCAGAGCCUUCCAACAGCCCUUGCGACCCCUCGAGGCCCUCUGAUGAGGGGUCGGUCCAAAAGCGUGUCCACACCUCCUUGCGCCAGGGGCUCCGUGGCAGCGGGUGGCUGCAAACCCAGGCCUCCCUGGAAGUGA